AUGGCUGCAGAGGCAAAGGGAACCAUGGCUGUAGAGUCAAAAGGAACCAUGGCUGCAGAGGCAAAGGGAACCAUGGCUGUAGAGUCAAAGGGAACCAUGGCUGCAGAGGAGCACAGCCUGCUGCGCCACGACGUCGAGCUCAUCCGGCGGGAGGAGCACGACCUGCUGCACCACGGCGUCGAGCUCAUUUGGAGCCCACCGGCGGAACGGCGGCCCGCAGCAGUAGCGUCGUCAGCUGCCGCCACACGAUGUCUUGUCGCUAGGAGGAGCGUCUCGGUACUCCACAUGAGGAUCAACGUCGCCUCGUUUGCACCAUCGCCAGCAGCAGCACUGCCUCAAGUCGUUGACGCCAGCACAACCUCAUGUCGUCCUCGCCGGGAGCAGCAUCUCCUCACGCCGUUGAGCUCAGAGGAGGAGCACGGCCUGCUACACCACGACGUCGAGCUCAUCUGGAGCCCAGCGGCAAGUCGUCGACGCCAGCACAACCUCAUGUCGUCCUCGCCGGGAGCAGCGUCUCCUCACGCUGUUGAGCUCAGAGGCAUGCCUAGAUUUCUCCAUACACGAUUUGCAUCGGUCCAAUGUGCUAGCUAA